UAGCCUUGAGCAAAAAGAAGCCAGGGGCAGUGCUCAGACCCUGAAUGCAAGACCCAAGACUGGCCAAAAAAAAAGGUGGAGACCAUUAUUGCUUCUCAGAGCAGCAUCAGGAUCCACACUGUACCUCUGUGUCAGAAUUCCAACCAUUUCCCUCCCUACAGGACAUUUGAGUCUUUGCCUUUUGUCUUAUUGGUUAAGCUCUUAAUUGGCUUAAUCCAUCACAUUGCCAGACAUAAAAGUCGAAAAUCCCUAGACUAAUAGUUUCUAGUCGGGGUAGGCAGUAUCUGCUAAGGUAGGCAGAACGCAGCAACCUGUAGCCUCUUCUCCCACUCAGCUUUUAGAGGAGUGAGGAAACAAUAUUCUAUCCCAAUUUCUUUUCUUUCGUUCUUUCUUUUUUGCUCACAUAUAGGAAUUUUACAGGGAAGUGCUAAAACCCAAGGAAGGGACUGCAGAGAUGGGAAGCGGAAUUAGCGCUGAGGACAGAGAACUGGCCAAGAGGUCCAAGGAGCUGGAAAAGAAGCUUCAGGAGGAUGCCGACAAGGAAGCCAAGACCAUCAAGCUGCUAUUGCUAGGUGCUGGGGAAUCAGGGAAAAGCACUAUUGUCAAACAGAUGAAGAUCAUUCACCAGGACGGCUAUUCCCCAGAAGAAUGCCUGGAGUUUAAGUCAGUCAUCUAUGGAAAUGUGCUGCAGUCCAUCCUCGCUAUCAUCCGAGCCAUGUCCACACUGGGCGUGGACUAUGCUGAACCAAGUAGUGCGGAUGAUGGUCGACAGCUCAACCACCUGGCUGAUUCCACUGAGGAGGGGACCAUGCCCCCUGAGCUGGUGGUUGUCAUCCGGAAGUUGUGGAAAGAUGGUGGGGUGCAAGCCUGCUUUGAGAGAGCUGCAGAGUAUCAGCUCAAUGACUCCGCAUCUUAUUAUCUGAACCAGUUGGACCGAAUUACAGAUCCCAACUACCUCCCCAGUGAACAAGAUGUACUCCGAUCCAGAGUCAAAACCACAGGCAUCAUUGAAACCAAGUUUUCUGUCAAAGACCUGAAUUUCAGGAUGUUUGAUGUGGGAGGGCAGAGGUCAGAGAGAAAGAAGUGGAUCCAUUGCUUUGAAGGAGUCACCUGCAUCAUUUUCUGUGCAGCUCUCAGUGCCUAUGAUAUGGUGCUGGUGGAAGAUGAUGAAGUGAAUCGUAUGCAUGAGUCUUUGCAUCUGUUCAACAGCAUAUGUAACCACAAGUUCUUUGCGGCUACUUCUAUUGUCCUCUUUCUCAACAAGAAGGACCUCUUUGAGGAAAAGAUCAAGAAAGUCCAUCUCAGUAUCUGUUUUCCUGAGUAUGACGGGAACAACUCCUAUGAAGAUGCGGGGAAUUAUAUCAAGAGCCAGUUCCUUGAUCUCAAUAUGAGAAAAGAUGUCAAAGAAAUCUACAGCCACAUGACCUGUGCUACGGACACACAGAAUGUCAAAUUUGUGUUUGAUGCAGUUACAGAUAUUAUCAUCAAAGAAAACCUCAAGGACUGUGGGCUCUUCUAACAUUCCUCAGAUCAGAAUCCCAAGAUUCUGCUUAAUCCAAGAAGGCAGAUGCUUCAAUUCUCUGAGCCCAAGUCCUUCCUCCAAAAAGAAGAUAACUUCCCAACUACUACUUCACAGGGUUAUUCUGAGGAGCACAAACACAAAUGCAGAGAUGGCACAGAAAAACUCUUUGGUUAGUCACACAUAAAAAGGCUGCAAUUUGUACAUUCAACACAUGGUUUUUAGAAACUCAACAAACUAUCCCCAGCAUAAUGGCAAGCCUUCCCUUCAAUGCAAAAUAAACAAUUAAAAUCAAACCCUCAAUAAACCUACCACUCCUCUGUUCACAAAUAGAUCUCUGUGACUCAGCUCACAGAUCUGGAUCCUUACAUGGGGGAUGUUCUAAAGACACCUACACCCAGAAAUGAUCCUCUUUGGUAAGCACAAACUUAUCCCUCUGGAUUGCCAAACACACUGAGUUUCCUUUAUCUCUAUAAAUAACUGUUUUGCUACAUAAGAUACUUUCUGACUAAACUUGAAGGACAGCAACACACACCCACUUACAAUUUUAUGUUGCCACUUCAGUAUCAAAAAAUUCAGAACAAAAGAACAAUAAAAUUCUUAUUUCAACUGCUACAUUUCGGAACAAAAAAGAGGAGCUUGCUUUAAGCACUGAAAAUGUUUGCCAACUGGUCCACUGUGAAAAUGGCUGCAAAUAACAUCUCCCCAGACCAAGGAGUAAAUUAUUCUUUUCAACUCCUCUGAGGGAAAUGAAGCUUGCAUUUAUCUUUACCAGAGGUGGUGAAGUCAAGUAUAGAUUUAGCAUUUACAUCUACAGGACUAGUGAGGAAAGCUCUUGGCAUUGAUGGUUUAGUAUAUAUAAAAGGUAAAGCGUCAAUUAAAAUGAAAAUCUGCCACAAACACCCAUUCACACUUAGGCUGCUUCCAGCAAUAUAUAUUAAUACUAGAGAGCUUGAAAUACACUAAUAAAUUUGUGGCUGAGAUUACAAUUAUUCUGGGUUACCUAUAAACAAAUAAGUAAAUACCAACCUGGAAAGAUUAUCAGAGAACUAUUCUGACUACAUCUACUGAAGAUUUAAAACUAGAAGCAAAACAAAACAAAACCUGGGUAAGACUUUGCACAUCUACUACUCUGAAUGGCAGCCCCCAACCACCAACAAUUGGUUCUCUUCAACUCUACAUAGGAUUCCUCCUUCUGUCAGGCAGUAUGCGGAAACCUGCAAGUGUUUGAGGAAAGGUCUCAUUGCCAGUUGCCCAAUCUGGUCUUGCGCUCCAGGGCUCAACACAUCACCCUCCCUCAGUCUUCUUGUGAAUGGCUGGGACUAAAGACCAUGCCCACCAUGCCCACUUCACAGUAUUUUGGGGGAAAUUCCAUUAGCUUGUACUAGUUACACACACAGGGUCUGUGCUUCUCUGUUAGAGCUGCACUUGA